AUGGAGGAAAUGGAGGGCACCAUGGAGGAAAUGGAGGGCACCAUGGAGGAAAUGGAGGGCAUGUCUGCAAGGAAAGAGAUGGAGAAUUAUCUCUUUCCUCAGGAAUUCCUUACUGAUGGUUGGCUGAGCUCCAGUCCCACUAUCUGGGCAGUUAAUACCAUCCUUGCCUCCGUAUGGGGACUGGGGCUCUUCUUCCUCAUACUUUCCUAUUUCCAGAAACACAGGAAGAGCAGGAAGUACCAAGCGGAGCCAUGGAGAAGGAGCAACAGAAGGAAGAAAAACCAGACUCUGAAAGUUUUCAGAGAUUGCCUACAGGAUCUGGAAGAGGUUCAGGACCUGUUCUCCCUUCUGCAAAGCCGCCUGGCGAGGCUCUCUGACCAGGGCGGCUUUCACCAGUUCUUCCGUCAAGCAGCCCCUGGGCCGGUGCGCCGAGGGGCGCCAGCUGGAGCCCGUCAGCCAUGCAGGGAGCCUGUGGAAGACGCUGCUCCCGCCGUGGCCCCAUCACCUGCCCACGCUCCGCUGACGGGCCCCCCUCAGCCUCUGGCCUCCACCCUGCCAUCAGGACCAAUGACCUCCUCAAUUUCUAGCGGCCGGACUCUCCUUUGA